AUGCCCAGACAAUACAUCUUAUUUGGGCGGCCGGUGCCGCCAUUCACGGCUCGGCGUCUGACCUUCUUGUUACUCGGUCUCUCUAUAUUUGCCAUUGCCCUAAUAUCGACUCUGACAUCCGGCGUACCAGCCUCACCGAGUCUCUCAGCCUAUGACACCAAGCUGUCCGUCCCCCAUGUGCCAAACAUGCCGCAUAUCGGUGACUCGCUUUCCAAGAGCUUCCUCAACCCGUUCCGACAAAAGUCACAUCCUCCCCCGCAUAACGAUAAAGACGAAUAUGCAGGAUCGUCCUGGUUAUCUGAUUGGAAGUGGCUUAAAGUUCCGUUUUCUAGCAUCAUAACUGUGGAUGAAGACAGGGCGUUGCUUCCUCCGUUAAAACCCCGCCAACCAGUGUAUUGUUACUACGACGCAACAGCUAAGAAGACGACGGAAGAAAAGGACGCCGAAAGCGAGUUGCUCCUUACUUGGAGGAGAGCCUGGUGGGCGCAAGGUUUCCGGCCCGUAAUUCUCAGCGCUUCCGAAGCCAUGAAUAACCCCUCGUAUGAUCUCAUUCAGAGACUCAACGUUGACCCUGAUCUCAUGGCAGACCUGAUGCGUUGGCUGGCCUGGGACACCAUGGAUGGAGGCAUAUUGACCCACUACACGUUGCUGCCCGCGGUUGCGAAGGAGGAUUCACUACUCGCGUUUCUUCGUCGUGGCGAGUAUCCCCAUUUGACCCGGUGGAAGGAUCUGGAAGAUGCGCUCUUUGUCGGCCACAAGGACCAAAUCAAAUCGGCCAUACAGGCGGUUACGAACAUCGACCCAAAAAAGCUAGCAAGUGUCAAAUCCCUCAUCUCGGGAGUGCCUGACGAAGUUAUUAAGGUCGAGAAGGCCACCAUGCCACUUGCCGCGUAUACUCCUGUCAUCAUUGCCAAAAAGUACGCUAAAGUUGCGGACGAGAUCAAGAGGCAUCGUGCCAGCGGGCUUGUCAGCCUCAACAAAUUAAUAACUACUCAUUUGCAUGUUGCGUGGCAGAACCGAUUUUCCGAUGGUAUUGAAGUCAUUAAACCUUUUCCGGACCACAUGAGCACCUUGGUCAGCAAUGCUUUGCAGCUAGCCAGAGAUCUGGCCUCGUGUUCGGAUAGUCCCAUGCCAGCAACUUGUCCACCGAACCUGCCAAGAUGUACCCCGUGUGUUGCCAUGUCGCCUAUGCCAGUCACAACACCUACUCGAUUUCACAACACGAGCAAGGUAUUCAGCAUUGGCACUGUCCCUCAUCCUUGGACGUUGACCCUGGUCAAGGAGAUGCGAGAAUCGUUCAACGUCUCCUGGAUCCGCCAAGAAUCUCCACGAGACUCGUGGAUUAGAACGGUCACCGAAGCCCUUCUUGGACCUGGCGUCACUACUACCCUGCGUCUAGUUCGCCUGAAAGAAGCAGUUGCCGGCGACUAUGCCACUUCUCGUUCUCUGUGGGUUGCAGCUGAAAAGGAUAUGCCUUCCGACAUGAGCUGGUAUUUUGGCUUCGCCAUCCCCAAGAAAGUGCUGGAUUUGGGCCAAGCCCAGCCUCCUGUCCCCGCGGACCGUUUGCCAGGAAAGGAAAACAAGCAGCCUCACAAAAACAACGGCCCAGUAGUCACGCCAGAAGAGAGAGCCUCGGAGCAGCCACUCAUCGAUCAGGCAAAGAAGGUUAUCGGCUUGACCAAGUCCACUGACGAAACAAGGCUGCGUGCAUCCUUAGAAGCCUGGAAUAUGGCCGAUAUGGAGAUCUGGAAAUUUGUUCGGGCUUUUCAAUCACGCCGACACCAAGAGCGUGAGGAGUGGGAGAAGCUAGAAGCCAAAUACAGCGGUGGCUCCGGGACUGAGAAGGGCCGCAGUGCUUGGUUUCGCUGGCAGGAUCGUAAGCAAGACGACGGGCGACCCGAAGAGCAGGAGGAUGCAACUCCCAAGGCCAAAUAA